UGGUUGCGCGGCAUGAGAGUAAACCACCAUCUUGGAAUCCAAACAGUAAACAGUUUACACAGUUUACCUGCGUUUGGAACAGUGGAAGAGAAUAUGCGGGAAAGAGGUAUAAAACGGAAGGUGUGAAAGUCACGUAUCACAAAUAAAUUCGAGUCAGGCUCAAGAAUCUCAAUUGGAUCUAUGCACUCUUAAGAAGAUGGACCAAAGAAAGGAGACGAAUUCAUCGGAAUGUGUGAUAAAACUCGAAAUUGAAGAGAUAAAAUUAGAAAACAAUACUCUUGAUUUCAUAAUGCCAGAAAUUCUGCAAGAAAUCAAACCAGAAACAUUUCCCAUGGAUGUUUGUGAAUCGAAGAUAGAAAUACUCGAGCCAUCUGAUACUAAUCAUCAGUUUGAAGUGUCUAUGAAUGGGCAAAGUUUUGCUUCAUCACUUCAAUUUGAUGCUUCGGCACCGAAUCAAUCCAACCAAAAAAUUUCUUCCUCAUCUUUUGCAUCUGUUAACCAGUCUAAUUUUUAUGGAUCAGACACUAGUUGUAAACAAAAUAAUCAAGGAGGACAAGCCGUUCUACCUGAUAUUGAAAGCCAACCACCGAUUAAUCAAGGAUCCGAAAAUAAUGUUGAAGCAAAAGAAACUGAAGCUGACUCCCGAUCGGGUAAUUAUGUGUACAACAUUUUAAUGCAAUCUGGGGAAGGGAAAUUUCUGAUGAAAUGUUUCGAUUACGAGCAAGAUCCGAAACAUUACAAGCUGCUGUUAGAAAAGAAGAAAAAGACUUAUUUCAAUAUUCACGCGGUAGCCAGACUUAUCGUCUUUCAUGAAAUAAAUCGUACCUCAUCAUACACCAUAUCGCCUUCAAGAUUCGAAACACUCGCUGGCAUUGCGGCCAGCAUUUUUCCGGGAUAUAUGAAAGAACGAUUUUACAGUCGUAGCACAACGAAAGCUAACGCCAAUGGGGCUUUUCAGGCCUAUUAUAGUAAAUUGCGUGAAAAGGCUAUUGCUAUCGGUGAAACAAGACCUGCAGCAGCAUCUAGAAAAAGGAAAUUAAUCGAUGGCCAACAACAUUUUACCUCUGAUUUUGAAGAAUUGAAGAAAGUUGUUCCGAUAAUCGAUGAAGCUUAUAGAAGAAAAUGGAGGACGGCUACACAGGAAAAAAGAGAAUUUUUCGCGAAAUUCGAGAUAAAAACUAUAAUUGAGACUUUUCCGAACUUGAGGAAUCCAGCUGGAUAUUUGCUGAUUGGAGAAGAUUUUUCCGCUUUUUUCAACAAAUCUCCGAAUAUGUUUUCCGAAAAAUGGCCAGCAAUUGCACCAAAAAUUAUCACCUUGGCCAAAACAAAAACGAGUGACAAAGUUGUCAAAGAGAUUUUAAAAGUCAACAGCAAAUGUCUUUCUGAUAAAGAUCGAAGUCAUCUUUUGGCUCUGAUGUUGCUGCCAUAUUUGUUUAAUAAAAUUAUGAAACAAACCCAUCGUUCGAAAACGGGGCAAAAUUGGGCUCCUGAGAAGUCCCUUGUUUUGUCAACAUUCAUCUAUCAUCUGAAGGAAUCAAACAACCGGAUCGAAUCUUUUAAGAAGAUUCAAGACGAACUCCUGAAGAUCCAUGUCGAUCACAAUUUGACGGUUCAACCUUACAUCGUCAUUAAUGGACCAACCCUCGAUAGUAUCACGUCUUCUUACGUGGUCAUAGGCGAUAUCGUCUAUCAAGCUCCAACAAUUUUAGCAGCCGUGGACAUAUGUUUUCAAUCUAUCAAAGUUUUACACGAUAAAUUUUCCCAUGUCUCUCACCACAUUUGGCAAUUUUUGGAACGAGAAAUCUAUGGAUUCGACGUUCCAAAUAUUUACGCUUGCGUUGCCUCUCUAAUUGACAAGCUAAGAAAGUUUUAAAUUUUAGAAAACUUAACUUUUUUAAAAAAAUGUAGGGUCGCGACUUGACCGGGAAUUUCAUUGACCAGGAAAACUCGGAAAAUGACCGGGAAUUUACUUUUAAUUGCAGUAAAAUUCAGAUUUCUAUUAUUUUCAUAAUUUUGGUUAAUUCAGAAAACUGAUUUCUUUUUUAUCUAAACUCGCGGAGCAUUUUCAGGGUGGUUUUUGAGAACGAGAAAACUCGGGAAUUGACAGUGAUUUUUUUAUGUUAACAAUUUUGGAUAAAAAACAUUUUUAUUUAAUAAAUAAAUAAUUUUUUUUUAUUUUAUCUCUAAUUUAAGUAAUAAAAAGUGAAUAAAAAUGAUUUGACAAAACGAUGUUAAACCAGUUGAAAAUUUAAGAAUUUUCAGAUUUGAAAGUGUAACAUCUCAAGAGUACUCUGUUAAAAUUUUAGAACAAAAUUCGAAGCGGUUUCGCCGCGAGUUUUUAACUUAUCGAAAGAAAAAAAAGCGCCAUUUUCAAGCUAAUUUAAUUAUCUAGUCGAUAUACCUCUUUGUUUUUGUGAUAAAUUAUUAUUUAACCACUUAUUUGCAUAAACAAUCAAAUACAAAAUUUAGAAAUUUUUUUUUCUCUCAUUUUGUGAAAUAAUUUUUUCAUGCUUUGAAAAUAGGUAUAUGGACGAGAUAUUCAUCUUAAAAUAACAAAAAAAUCGAUUGAAAUGUUUCAGAGAAGCACAUGAAUGAUGGCGUUGCCCAUAAAAUCAGAGGGGGAAAAAAGUUGUCAACUUUCGCGUGUUAUGGCGGAUUUGUUUAUUAAAAUUUUGCAUUCAAAUUUUUUUUUUAUUGUGAUGAAAUUUCAGUAAAUAUCAGUUCAAAUUUGAGAUCAAAAUAGUGUGUAUUCAAUCUUUUAACCACUCAAUUUGAAAUUUUUAAAUUAAAAAACAUUAAUUAUUGAAUAUUUAGCAGUAUUUGAAUUUUUAUUUGAGACAAGUUAAUUGAAACCAAAUAUUUAAAAGUAA